AAACUUAGUCAACAUAUGCGACUGAUUUAUUAAAUUGCAGUCAUUUCAUGCCUCUUGGUUUCAUUUAAAUUCGAAAGCUUGACGAGUUCGGUUGCAGGACUUUAUAUGUUGUUCCGUUAAGAAAUUAAUUUAUAUUGUUCUAUAUGUGCGUUUAUUGAAUAACAUUCCUUAAUGUUAUUUAACAUGUUUUGUUUUCUUGUUAUGGUGUCGUUCGCCCUUCAAUCGGAAAUCAAUGCCUAUAAUAUUUCGCCAUAUCCUAAUUCUAUACAUAACUUUCCGGGACAUAAAGAACACGAGCGCAGCUCCUAUUUUGGAUUUUCAUUAGUAAUCCGAGAGAAAAGUAUUCUGGUGGCUGCUCCUCGUGCCAAUUCCAGUUUGGAAGCUCAGCGAAACAUUUCCGAGCCUGGAGUGAUCUUCAGAUGCUACUUUGAAUCCGAUAACUGUUCGCCAUAUAACAUAGAUCCAAAGGGAAACUACAUUGGAAUGCCAAAUGAUGGUCUGCUUACGGCGAAAAACAAGAAUUAUCGGUGGUUGGGCGGAGCGAUGGACGGUGGUACCAGGGAUUCGGAUAAGUUCCUUGCGUGCGCCCCGCGUUUCUACAGUGACUAUGAUGAUAACCACAUGAAUGGAAUGUGCUAUUGGAUGAAUCAGACGCCUAAGACUAUCGAUUCCACAGACGUGAUGGAAAAAUGGCCACUUAGAGCAGAAAAAAAGCAAGUGUUUAAAACAUCAGACAAGGAUAUAAUCUACUACUCGAUGAGUGAAAUGGGACUGAGUGCACAUGUGUCGGAUGAUAACUCGAAGCUUUUGAUGGGAGCACCGGGAAUUGAUCAGUGGAAGGGAUCAGUGCACUUAAAACAGGAAGUGUCAAAUAUUAGAAUAUCGAGUGGAAGACAAAGGCGUGAGAUGAACCCUAAUAGGAAAUGUGGAGAGUGUAACCCAGAGCCCAAAAAUUUUGGACAGGAGGAAGACUCAUACUUUGGGUACGCCGUCAGUUCCGGCUACUUUGAUAGCUCCAACCUAAGCACAGUGCUUUAUGUGGCCACCGCUCCUCGAGGCAAUAACCAAUUUGGCGCGGCGUACAUCUUUGAUGUCUCUGAGGACAGCAUAUAUAAGUACAAAGAAUUCCGGGGCAAUCAUUUUGGCGAAUACUUCGGCUACUCCGUUCUGGCGGAGGAUCUCAAUGGAGAUGGAAAAACGGAUGUUAUCAUAUCAGCACCCCUAUAUGCUCUGCGUAAUUCUUACGAUGAUGGAGCCAUAUAUGUGUUCAUCAACAAGGGCUUUUUCACCUUUGAGAAGAGGAUUAUUCGGUCGCCAGCGGGAAGUGGGGGCCGUUUUGGAACUACUCUAUCACGAAUAGGCGAUAUCAAUAAAGACGGGUACAAUGAUGUGGCCGUGGGAGCUCCCUUUGCUGGAAAUGGAUCCGUGUUCAUCUACCUAGGCUGCGAGAAUGGAUUGCGGGAGCAGCCGAGUCAACGACUGAAUGCUCCUUCCCAGCAACCCUGCAAACACGGAUCGCACAUGUUCGGACAUGGUCUAUCCCGUGGAUCCGACAUAGAUGGCAACGGAUUCAACGACUUUGCCAUUGGAGCUCCAAAUGCGGAGGCGGUGUAUCUGUAUCGCGCCUAUCCCGUCGUUAAGAUUCAUGCAAUAAUUAAACCAAAACUCGUCAAUCCAGAGGAGGAAAGGGUGAACAUCACUGUCUGCUAUAGACUGGGCACCAAAUCAGAUUCCACGGCGAAAGCACUAAUGGAACAAGAGCUAGACAUUCGGAUCGACAUCGACACAAAAUCAAAGAUCAAGCUGGCUGUAUUUGACAAAGAGCACGGCAGCCAGAUGAGCUUUAAGGCGAAGGCAUUUCACCAGGAGAUCUGCUCGGAAUUGCAAAUUGAAAUGGACAAAAAAACUAAAUUUACACCCAUCGUCCUGGAGAUGCAGUAUGGGCUGUCAAAAAAGAUUCCUAAUUCUGGAGAUUUUUGCGAGGACUGCGCGGUGGUGGAUCCGGCGGAACCGAAGUUUUUUACGGAGUACAUUACUUUCAACACAGGUUGUGACACCGAUGUUUGUGUCGCCGAUUUGAAAAUAAGCUGCAUCAACGCGAGCUCCACGUUGGUCUUGGGUAUUGAACCUGUCCUGCGUCUGACAUACAACAUCGCCAAUAAUGGAGAGUUCGCCUACCACCCUACAUUUAACGUGACGAGCUCUGCCGGCUUGAGUUUUGCCCAGGUGCCUGGAAACUGCAAGGUCACCGACGCCGUCAUGGUCUGCGACCUUAACCAUGGACAACGUAUGGCCAAAGGUGACAACGACUCCUUGACCAUUAGCUUCGAUGUGAGGCAACUCAGCGGUCGGUCGCUAGAAAUCCAAGCAGAAGUUUUUAGUGCUCGAAACGAGUCAAAUCCAGAGAACAACAAGCUAACCAAAGUGCUAAGUCUGCUGGAAAAAGCUGAUAUCUAUGUCAGCGGUGUUCAGGCAAACGAUCAAGUUAUCCUUAAAGGGUCUCCUUACACAGCAGAGGUUGUCAACUACUACGAGAUCAAAAACCACGGUCCCAGUACUUUAGAAAAUUUGAAUGUGACCCUCUAUAUUCCCGUGGCCUAUAAAACGUCUGAUUCUACCAAAGUUAUACAUAUCGUUACAUCCAGCCCAAAGAUACAGUCCAAGUACGCUCAUAACAUACUGUCCACCAACUUCAACGAUCAGAAUAAGGCACUGGCCAAGAACUUCGCCUUAGACCAUGAGCAGAGUACUCAGCUCAUUUCCACGGUCACACAACGUGAGAAUCUGGAAAAUCUCAGUGGAAAUAAGGAGGAGAAACCAAGCAUAUCGCUUUUUGACGAGGAUCUGCCGGUUAUUAACACCCUUGUGCUAGACUGCCAGGAUACCAACGUGACGUUAUGCGUUGCGGUGGAAAUACGACUCGAAAACGGACUGCAGCUUAAGCCGGAAGAUCUAAUGAACCUGACUGUAAGCUUUACCGUAGACUUUAAGGACGCAGAGGAUAUCUGGGAGUACUUCGUCAUUAAGACCGACCUAAAAUUGCAAAAGAUAGGCGAUCCGACCUUAAGUUUUUUUACGAUUCAGAAAAAGAUCGAAUCGAACGUUAUAGGCAAACAUGCUGAAAUUGCCAUCUGGAAAAUCAUUGCGUCCGCAAUCGUUGGCAUUUUGGUGUUUUCGGCCGCAACAUAUGCCCUUUAUAAGCGCGGAUUCUUUAAGCGAGCCAUUAAAUACGAACUAACACAGUUAAUUCGAGAUAGUUUUGAGGACGGGAUUAUAAGGACAGAUAUGGAGGAGAAUGCUCAGUCACGGGGGGAUGCGGAUUUGGAUAAAAAGUUGGAUGCUUAUGCGGAUACGACCAGUAAUGGCACUCACGUGUAGAUUGAAGGCCAAGAGAAUUGAAAUUAAAAGAGAUUGGUAAUCUUAUCAGUUACCUUACCUUAGUUCAUAAGAUGCAUUUUAAAUUUUUAAGUGUUAAUAAUUUAUUUCAAUAAACAUAACGUACAAUUCUUAACAUAAAUAAGUACAAUCAUAAAUAUUUUAUUAAAAUGCAUUGUUAUUCUUAAUCCUUGAAAAUAUUUAAAAAUCUAAUUUAAAUUACUAGCACACAUUGGCCAAACAUGAACAAUUUUAGCAAUCUUUAAACAUACCUAUAACAUUUAGUCUAUUUAUGUACAAUAAUAUCUAUGCCGCCAAAAAAGACAGUUGCACACAAAAUACACGAAUUUACCCUUAUAAGCAAGUAAAAUGUACUACCUAAGAAGACGUUAUACACAUAUGAUAACACACACAUUGCCAAAGACCUCAUAUCGUAGAGAAACUCGUAGACUACAAUAUGGAACUCCGACAUGGACAGGCAUAAGUACAUUGUGCUGCGAUAGGUUUCUUUUUGAGCUGAGGUAAGUGCUCAUGAUAGGCUUGGAUAAAGUAGAGUGGUUGCAUUUAGAUAUGUCUGUGUGAAAGUUGCUUGCAACGUUGCAAUAUGUAUGGCUGACUACAUCUAGGAGUUUGUAAAAGUAAAAUAAAAUAUUGUAAAAGUGAAUAUGUGCAUCGCAUAACUCAUGCGCUUCAAUAUGCAUAUUUUUGGUGGUACCUAUUGUAUUGACAUUAAACGAAAACAGAUAUUCUAUUCGUUUGCCUUAAUAGUGUACAACAACAGCAAUGAGGCUUUCUAAAUAAAUACUUGUAUAAAAAUACAGAGAAUUUGUGAACUAUGUAUUGUCAAAAUCAUUAACAAGUACUUAACUGGCAACCCCUCGAAUAAAUAUGCAUAACCUCUGA